AUGAUGACGAAGAAGGAGAAGCGGAAGAUGAACGCCAAGAACGUGGGCUUCGAGACCUGCCAGGAGUGCCCUGCAACGUUGAGGCUCUCGGCCCCGAGCCCCAAUUUGACCGGGCUUGGGGGCAUGUAUCGGAAGACCACGAUCACAUCCAAGAAGUUCAACGGUGGCAGACCAAUCUACGUCAAUAUGGACAGCAACAUCGAGGGAGGCGCACCUGUAUACUUGUUCUUCAUGCAGGACAAGCUGGCCUGGUCGAUUGGGCUUGAUUACAGUGCCAAUUUUGUCAUGGGGUAUGCUGCCAUGGAAGCUCAAUGCCCAAGGGAUACCAAAUAUUGGCUUUUCCACAACGGACAGGAAUUUGUAAGGAAGCACUUCGACAUCAAGGGCGAACGUAACGGACAGGACGCCCCGCAAGGCACGGAGCACAUUUCCUGGAACAUGCAAACGCGCAGUUGGGAACGCGAGAAGGUGGUCUGGGAAAGUGGCAGAGGUUUAGCGACAUUGAGCGACGAUGAUGAUGUCUCCAGUGGUGGCGAUAACGCCACGACUGCGCGAAGCGAGGAGGGGAGCAACGCCACCGAGAACGGGCAGACUGGCGUCGAGAACGGCGCGACGGACAGCGUCGGGGAGGGUGACAGGAACGCCACAGAGAAAGAGGGUGCUGAUGCAGUUGAGAACGAGAAGACGGGGAGGGGCGAGGCGGGUGAGACGGACGGCAUCGAGGAGCCCAUGUGA